CGAAUAAUCCAAUUGUUUUAGUAUAAACCUACUAGUCGUUCAAAACUUUAUCUAAAUCCUCUUCAAAGACACAUCGACACCUCGCCAAGACAUGCCGUUAUUCUGUUAACAAGGGCACAAUGCUACGCUACUCACUAUCUAUCACAGAAUAGAAACACGGUACAUGUUUUCCAUUUGUUAAUUAGAUAACUUAGUCAAUGUAUAACCAUAGUAAAACCAAACCAAAGGAAUUGACUGAUGAUUUUCGCCGCUCAAUUCAAAAAUGCUUUAAAAGAUGAUUACUUAACAUUGCUGGCUGCUGCCCGGGUAAACGAACAGUAAUGACGUUUUGUGUCUUAGCUGCUGAGCAGAAUGUUGUUUUCAAGUCUGGGUCUCCUUCUGCUGAUGAACUGCAUCUUUUGGCACGAGAAGUUGGUCCCAGGUGGAAAGUUCUCGGCCGACAGCUGCGUAUUGCAGAUUCCGAUCUCAACCAGAUCGAAGCUGACAGGGAAGGUCAAUAUGAGCAAUGCUACCGCAUGCUGAAAAGAUGGACUGAGGUGCAAGUUAACCCACCAACUUACGAAGAUCUCGGACAAGCCUUACAGCACGAUGCUGUCGGAAGGCCAGAGCUGGCAGAAAAGUACUGUUGUCCCAAAUCGGGAGAGGAAUAUGUUGAGAAUCUCAGCACCACCCCUAACGUGGUCUUCAGGGAAGGAAGGCCAGGCCCAGAAGAUGUCCUCAGUCUUGUCCAUGAGAUAAAAAACUGGAAGCAACUAGGGAGAGCCUUGAAAUUGAAAGACCCACAGCUGGACGAAAUUGAUGAAGACAUUAGAGGCUUGUUCGAGAAAAGUUACGCAAUGUUCAGGUGGUGGAUGGAAACUAAAGGCAGUGCCGCGACUUAUGCAGAACUGGCCAGAGGACUGGAGAUAGUGGAAAGGAGGGAUCUGAUUAGGAAUUUCUGCCAUGAGAGUAAAAAAUGUGAGUUGCCAAAACUUAUUGUCCGUAUAAUUCUGAAUUAAUAAUUUAGUUUUAAUUCGAAGUUAAUAGUGGAAUAUUUUAGCCAAGCUAACGAAGAGCAAUUUCCUUUCCCAUUCACCGACACCAAGGUGAAUAAUCAUCUAAUAACAACCGGCGCUACAAUGUUUUAGCUUUAUUUUAUCACGAAAGAUCGAAAAAAAAGUUUCGAAAGAAGAAUUAUUCGUGCACACUACCAAGUGCUGCGCGAGAAAAGUCAUUGGAGACCAUCGAGCGAUCAUCCUGAGUUCUUAAAAGUAAACUUCCUAUUUUUCUUCAGCUGUAGCCAGUUUUGAUGUUACCACUGUGA